AUGUCUCGUGCAAACAGCUAUCAACCAGUGUCACUACCGCAGUCAGCCCCAGAGCCCUCACAGCGUUCUAAUAAAGUCAAUAUACAGGGUUACUACAAACAAAGUUGUCCUAAAUAUCCUACAUCAUUCUUACCAGAUGCAGAUGCCCAAGCUGCUGAUCAAGCAGACACUCAACGUGUUCGGCUCCUCGCAGACGAUUCUCUUGAAGCGUCUAACCUCGCAGCGCAAGUCGGAGUGCUUGCACGCUACGACGGCAAACCGCAAGAUAGCUGGCCAAGUCAGACAUUGACACUCAACGCCCUAGUCGCUACACUGUCAACCAUAUGUCACACAUCGUUGACAUGUACGGUGGGCAGCCUUCUCGCUCAGGCCAAGUGGAACCGGUUCUCGAGUCGUCGCGAGACGGACUACUUCCCUCUCAAAGACUAUGCAUUGCUGGAUGAGGCGUCAAGAGGGAGUUGGGGGAGUGCUCGACUUUUGUACCGAUUUAAAGGAAGCCAUGUGGCCUGCGUUGGCGCAGCACUGUCAAUCUUAUCCCAGGUGUUCGGUCUACUUUCGCAACAGCUGGUGACUUUGCGUACUUAUCAGGUCGAGCUUCGUUCUGCGACGGCUACCGGGCAGGUUGCUCGAACGAUGUGGCUGGAAUAUGAAGGACCUGUAGCGGAAUACUUUGUCGGAUGCACAGUGCAAGCUAGCGAGAUUGCCAUUUGCAUUGGUAUGAUCGCACCCAGCAUCGACAUACCACAAGUGCAAUGCCCGACUGGUAAUUGUACAUGGCCUAUUAUCCCGACAAUCGGCAUUUGCGGGACUUGCCUGAAUGUCACAGAUGAUGUCCGCUUCAGCCGUGUGAACGAAUCCGCGUGCGUGCUGGAGAUACCCAACGGCAUGAAACUGGAAAGAGAUGAAUGCGACCUUCCAUACUACUUUAAUACUGACGACUAUUUCACUGUCGGCCCAGGUUCUGGGCGCGUCUUUUCCUCCUCCUCAUCCUCCUCCUCCUCAAACAUACCAAGGCGGAAUGCAUCGAAUGUAAUUACCGAGUUUGGUGGCAUCGGUGUCCCGAUGGGCAGGCUGAUCACGGAGCUGAAUAUGACGAUUAACGACUCUAUUGCGGCCGAGUGUGCGCUAUGGUAUUGCCUUCAGGCACGGGAGAUCCGGGUCGAAAUGGGCGAGUUAAGAGACAGGAUUAAGGAAACCUGGAGCGAAGUCCUAGUUCAUUACGAACCAGACUUUUCAGGCAAUGCCACGUUCACGAACAUACCGCCUUCGAUGGGUACGGCUACGGGCGACCAAUAUACAAUGGAUCGGGAGCUGCUUUAUGGUAUGAGAGAAUUUGGAGGCGUCUUAAUAAGCAAGGGAGACUUCACUUAUAGCUUCUUCAGCUCAUUCGAUGACAUUCACGGUUGGAUGGAUCGUAUCACAAGCAGCAUGACAAAUGCCGUGCGGAUCAACGGCACUGACCCACCAACAGACGCACGAUACUGGGGUACAGCUAUCACAAGUCAAGUUGUUAUUGUGGUGAGAUGGGAGUGGAUUGUAUAUCCGGCGGUCAUGGUGGUUGCUUCUAUGGUCUAUCUUGUUAUCGAGAUUGUGCGGACUGCGAAGAUUGGUGUGAGACCAUGGAAGGAUGAUCCUCUCUUACCGGUCUGUAUGGAAGUUGAUGAGAUAAUACGGCAGCAGGCUGGUAAGGGCCUUGAUGAGCCUGAUGGUAUUGAGAAGCGUGUGGGCGAGUAUGAGGUGAGGUUGAGGAGAGACGAUGGGUUCUCGAUGGGAUUUAUACGACGAUCAUCUUGUUCAGGUUGA